AUGAGAACAAGAACAAGAGUUUAUCUUCCUAUUCAAUCUACAAUAACACUAUCAUACCAGUAUUUCAUGACUGAACCAAAUACUAUUGCUCUUGCAGAGACAUUAAAUUCAUUUAAUUUAGUGUUAUUUUCAAGAGUCACGUAUGAAGAAUUGAUUGUAAUGAAUUAUAAUAAACCAGAAAAUAAACCGUUAACUCCAAAUAUUCAAAAUAUGAUUGAACGAUUUAAUUGGAUUGGAACUACCAUUGUUAAUUGUUUUAAUGAAUGUCCUAAAGGAGAUAAAGCUCAAUUUAUUCAAGGACUAAUAUUAUUUAUGAAAAGAUUACAACAAUUAAAAGAUAUUCAUUUCUUAGUUUCAGUAGUUUAUACACUUCCUAGACUCGAUUUAGAUUCUAUCAAAAGUAAAAAAAUUAGUGAAGAAGAUAAAAAUUAUUUAAAUGAAACAGAAGAAUUAUGUUCUUUUAAACAAAAUUAUAAAUAUCUUAGAGCGUAUUUAAGCCAAUUGGAAACACCGUAUAUCCCUUUUAUAGGAAUUCUAAGUAAAGAUUUAAUGCUUAUUGACGAAGGUAAUCCAGAUAAACUAGGUGAUGGAACAAUUAAUUUAUAUAAAUGGAGAAAAGUAUAUGAAUUAACCCAACAAUUCCUCGAUGCAAGACCAACCAACCCAUGUAUUUCUUCUUCAAAUGAACAAUUACAGAUACUUAUCCAGAAGAUAUAUUCUUUUAAAUAG